AUAUUGAUCUUGUCACGAUCAGUAAUCGAGUGUGACUUGCCGUGGUGUAUCGUGUUGAUAUAUUUGAUAGUGUACAAUUUGAAAUAUGGGUGUGAAACUAUACGCUUUGGACAUGAGUCCGCCUGUGCGUGCGUGCAUGAUGACUCUUGGUGUAUUCAACGUGCCAUUUGAGAAGAUCAUCGUCAACGUACCGGCUGGUGAACAUCUUACUCCAGAAUAUUUAAAAAAAAAUCCUCUCCACACAAUACCGGUACUAGAAGAUGGUGACAUAACUAUACACGACAGCCACGCAAUCCUCACUUACAUCGCUGACACCUACGGAAAAGAUGACUCUUGGUAUCCAAAAGACGUCAAGAAACGGACAUUAGUUAACCAAAAACUAUUCUUCAAUGCAGCUGUCAUGUUCCAAAAAUUACGAAACAUUACAUACAACAUUAUAAUAAAAGGAAAGAAAACCAUAGAACAGGAACAAUUGGACGGUGUUACAGAAGGCUACGAGUACAUGGAAGCAUUCCUGUCCCGUACAAAGUAUAUAGCUGGAGACCACGUCACAAUCGCUGAUAUAGCUAUUUUGAGUACUGUUUCUACUCAAGAUCAAAUUCUACCAAUAGACGGUCAAAAAUAUCCAAAAUUGAAAGCCUGGUUAGAAGAAUUGAAAGCGACGCCAUAUUGUAAGAAAUAUAAUGAAGAAGGUGCAAAGGCUUUGGGUGCGUUUGUGAAGAAGAGUGUCUCUUCUUAAUUCUUACCAGAAGCAGUAUUCAAAAGGACGUUUGAAUUUCAUUAGACGAAAUUAAUGAUCUGAUUGAUUGAUGUGAUGAAAACCAACAAUUCUAAUAUCUCAAUCUAUGGUUAAAAAUAAAGAGAAAUGAAAAUU